AUGUCGAUUUUCAAAGCCAAUGAAGAUGAAACUCAGUGUUCACUAACCAAGGCAGUGGAGGAUGUCACCCAUCAUGGAUACACCCAAACUGAGGCCUUAAAAGAGAAAGAGAAGAUACUCAGCUCCCUGCAGGUGAGUCUGUCAGAUAUCGAGAGGAAAGCUGAGGAGGCAGAGCAGGAGCUGAGAUCUAAAGUGAGGGAGCUCCACAUGGUGGAAGGUGAAGUGGAGCACCUGGAGCUGCAGACACGACUCCUGCAUGAUCGCUGUACAUCAACCAGCACAGACAACACAGAGCUCCAGGUUCAUAUUAGUGAGGAGGAGGAGAGCGCUUGCAAGGCACUGGCAGGGUUCAACACUUAUAGAAACAAGAUUAAGAGCCACAGGGCAGCGGUUUCACAUGCAGAGAGCCAGACGGAGGCCCACAAAGACCUGGAGGAGAAGAGAGAGCUGGUCAGGAUGCUGACACAGACGAAAGAGGAGCUGAAGAAGGAUUUGGAGAAUCCAAAUGGAAACACAGUGCAGAUGGCAAAGAGGGAGAUUGAUGCUCUGAAGGACGAGAUUGCAGCGGUGAGGACGACUGUAGCUGAGAGGAGAGAACGAUUAGGAAAAGAGAUUGACAUCCAGACCCAGAUAAAGAAAGACAUAGAGAUCCAAAACAGGCGCUAUGAAGCCAUCAUCAAGCGCCUCCGCUGCCAAUUGAGCAAGGCCCAGGCUGUCCACAGGCAAAUGUCUGGAGAUAUCUACCACAUGGAGAGGCAGAUAGCCAAGCUCAAACAGCAGCUGGAGUCAUCAUAG